AUGAUUUAUCCAAAACUACUUUCGCGAGCCCUUAAUACACGGAAUAUUGGUAAACAUCCAGUUAUUGUUGAAUCUUACUUACCACCUACCUUAGUGACAAACCUUGAGAAUACAUUUAUCGUAAAGGAUAUGUAUGACGGAGAACAUAAGAAUCAUAAGAAAAAACGAGUUGAUGCUGAACUUUUACUUUGUAUUUCAAAAACUAUUCAUAAAUAUUCUCCCAGAAUUUUUGUAUUAGUUGCAGAUGAUGGUGAUUAUAAACCUACUUUAGAACAAGUUUUAAAUAAGAAUUGGGAAGUGGAAAUUUUGUUUUGGAAAAAUG